UUGGCCGUCACUAGUUACCACAGCUACAAAGUAGCUAUAUUGGCUGUCGUAAAAAUUUAUGAAAACCCUGCUUUUUGGGGUAAAUUUACGGUUAGACAUAAUGCGAGCAGUGUGAUUUGGCUUAUCUUUAAAACCAGGUUUUAAGAAGAUACAUUGUAGAAAUAGACGGGGUUUAGUCAUAAUUACGGUUGUGGAUACUAGUGACAACCACGUCCCUUCCAUGAUUAUCAACGUUACUGUUGCUGGCUACAUCGAAUAAAAUAUCGUCAGAUAACGAACAUUAAUUGUACUGUCAAGAUGACUGCUUAUAAACGUCCGCUGGUGGGAACUGUCACAUGAGGAACAGGCUAAUCAGCGCUAAGGACAGAGGGAGGCACAUUAACUUCCUGACAACAAGAUGAGGAUUUCAAAGCGCUGUGGCUCCAACAGACGUUUGUUGUUGCCCUUGAUGGUCCUUGGGUUGAUGAUCUUACUGGCAGUUGUAACCCUUAAUUGGUUUGAUACUGAAUCACAGAUGCCUUUGGCAUGGCACGUGGAUCCCAACCACCGAAAGCUUGUGCACUCUUUUGUACGGGGUGUUCUUUCGAACCAGUGCAGACCAGCCUUUGCCAGAAAGGGAGUAGAAGCAAGGCUCCAGAUUUCUAGUCAUGUGACUGAUCCUUUCCUGUGGCGGGACACACUGCUGACUCCAGAGAUGUUCAAGUACCCCCCACCAUUCGGGUUCUGUGACAUGCAUGGCAAACUGAAGGAUGUUCUCAACCUCCUCCCUGCUCAACCAGAGCAGCUGAAGAAAGAGUGCAGACGCUGUGUGGUCAUGGGAAAUGGAGGAAUCCUCCGUGGCCUUGAGCUGGGCACCCUGCUUGACCAGUUUGAUGUUGUCAUUAGGCUAAAUAGUGGUCCUUUGAGGAACUACAGUAAAGACGUGGGGAACCGGACCUCCAUCCGGAUGAGCUACCCAGAGGGAAGCCCCAAGGUCUGGGAAGAUGUGGACCCUGAGCUGCAGUUUGUGGCGGUGGUCUACAAGGCUGUAGACUUCAAUUGGAUCAGAGCAAUGAUCAACAGACAGAGAGUUGUGAGUUGUAAAGCCCAUCACCAGAAACAUGAACAAAAUAUUAAUUUAAAGAAAAAGGGAAUGAAAUCAGGUAAUGUACAGACAUGGCUGAGCGAUUUGAAAUGCAAAUUCAGACACUGCCUACUACUUUACCUAACAUUAGAUUUGUUUUUGUUUCAGUCCCUCUGGGACUGGCUGUUUUUCUGGCAGAAAGUGCCAGAGAAGAUUCCAGUAGACCUAUCAAAGUUCCGUUUGUUGAAUCUGGAGAUCAUCAGGCAGAUGGCGAUGGACCUGUUAGCCUACCCCUCCCCACAGCAACGCCUCUGGGGCUGGGACCAGAACGUGCCCACCAUGGGCAUCUCAGCCCUCAACCUGGCCACCUACCUGUGUGACGAGGUCAGCCUAGCAGGCUUUGGUUACAACCUCAGCCAGAAGGAGAUGCCCCUGCAUUACUAUGACAAUAUACCCAUGACGGCUAUGCUGGAGCAGAACAUGCACAACGUGGACCGUGAGAGGGCUCUCCUCCAGAGCCUGGUGAGGGAAGGGACUGUAUCAGACCUCACAGGGGGCCUGCACUGCACCUUCUGCCCCAGCUGAAAGAGACUGAUCUAGGCCUGCAGCGCAGCUAGCGACACACCAACGAUCUACCUUCCACUGACUUAUCAUUCCAAAACGUUUCACCCUGAGAACAGCAUUCCAAUUUAAUUCCAUGGAAUUCAAAAAGUUGAUUGAGACUAUGGAUCUGGGGACUUGACUGAAAACUCUUCUAUGUUCUAGUGCAUGCCAGCAUAUUGAAUCUGCAAGGACUAGAUGUGCCGACAUGAUGGGGAACAGUGAAGCUGUACACUUCUCCCCUGCGCAGUUGAAAACGACAAGCCUAAAGAUGUACUAGUACAGCUUUUACAAAUCCCUCUAUAAGGGAAGUAUUAUUACUGCUAAACUUAAAUGUUUUUUGUAUUUUAAGAGCUAAUGGAUAAUUACUUAAUUAAAUCUUAGCAUAAAGUUGAUGCUAAAAAGUGUACAAACAUUACCAUAAUUAUUGUGAAGAAUGAACAGAUUGACUAACAAUAAUUAACAUUAGCUUUUUUAUGCUUUUGAUUUUAAGUUGAAUGUCCAGUUUGUUCACGAGAUGUCUGAAUUUGGUUGUGUUUUUACAUUUUUCUAAUGUAAUUAUUAGAUUAUUUUUAUUAUAAUAAUGUAUGUUCUCAGUGCUUGACUUGGAUACAGGAGCUCUACAAUACUUUUCAAGAUAAUAUUCUAUAAGAGGAACAGGAGCUCAAGCAGUAAUUUGAGGUGCUGGCACUUGGCUCCGGUGAGCUCGUGCCCAAAUCAAAUCAUUUUAUUUAAAAUUAUUGAAUGUUUUGUUUUUUAAUGUCGCCAUAAUUGGCCUGGUUGUCAGUAAAGAAAAAAGAUUUGAACUUACAGUAUGA